CCUCUGCGUGCAUCAAGGGCCCGCAUCAGUCAGCUGGUCACUCGUAUGACCUCCAUCAAGCUGAUGCCCGGUAUCCUCUCCCUGCGCACCACACACACGGCAGCACCAAACGUGCCCUCCCUCCCACCCAAUGUGCGGGGUGUGUGUGCGUACGUUAGUGCCUCAAUGGUAAGUGGCGGCGACACCGCCACCAAGGCCACCUCAAACCCGUCACGAGCGGCACACUGACCUGAAUGCGCACGCGGACAAGAGACACACACCUAAACGUCUCACGGAUAGGGGGGUCAGUUUCUGUACCUGACUCUUUGUCUUCGUCUCUGUAGAGCUUCUCAUACACGAUUUUAGUCGACGCCAGCUUGCCGAAGCUGAAGACCUGGUGCGGGAAGAACUCCUUGUUCUUCAUGGUGCAUAUCUUGGUCUUGAAGUCAGGACAGUCGAAGGCAAUGUCCACCAACAAACGACCUGCACGUACGUCUGUGUGAUCUGUGUGCGCGUCUUGCGCCAGCCCACUCACUGACCUCCAUUUUUGAGCGCCGCGACGAUGGUCUUGCGGCCCUUCUCGAGGGCCUCUUCAACCUUAGUACCUGCAAGACCAAUGGGGAAAUGGAUAAGUGGGAAAGCUAUCAAGACGCAUCUCUCUUUUGUUCUCUCUCUCUCUCUCUCUGUCUCUGUCUCUGUGUGUGUGUGUGUGUGUGUGCCUGACCGAUCUACCUGUUUUGAUGCCGCCCAGUGCCAGCGGCCGACAGUCGAGAACAAAGCCUUUGUACUUGAAGAAGGUCACAACCUAUGAACACAAGACACACCAUGUGGAUGCUAUGCCAUUCAUUCACUGUAGGGAGCACAGCCGUGCUCGCACAUUGUCGUGUGUCUCUUCGUUGCAGAGGAGCAGGGGUAUCUUCUGGGCAUUCUUGCACCGUUCCAACUCUGCCUGACACGCCAACCAAACACACCGGAGACACACGGAUAGCAGACCACUCAAACCUGUAGGCUUGAAAAGGAUGCUUGCCCACCUCUAGCUGCCUGAGUUGGAUGGUCGGCUCCUUGGUCUUGUUCACAUCGUCAUCCCCACCCUGCUGGGUCGUAUCUGAAUACACACAAGUGUGCACGACAGCCACCAAGAUGCCUGCAGCAUGUCCCCAAUUACUCUCACUAGGUUCGUCGACAUAAUUUUCAGGGCGGAUGGCUGCAGCCAACAAAAAGCUGUCGCAUGGAGAAUGGGGAAUCGAUCGGGGAGCUGACCCGUGAUCUCCUUUGUGAUGUUGUGGAUGUACAGAUAACAUGUGCCCUUAAUUCACGACAAAAGCGCCAUGCCCAACCAAAGGAGACACACAAAUAGGCCGGAAUGGUCAUGUGGUCGCGCUUCCAUGUCGUUGUGCGAACCUACUUACCUGUGCAUUGAGGAAUCGGUACCACUUGCCCGUUGUGAGGCUCUUCUCACUCACACCACCCAUCGAUGCCUCGUUCCUGCAGCCAGCCACGCCCAGAUCCAUCCCCAACAAAGCCGUCCAUACAUGUGCACACUUCCUACAUUACUUGUCGUCUUUGACGAGAGUGGCAAACUCUUUCUCCGCUGCAGCCAUCUCCUUGGAGCCGCUGAAACUUUUGCUGUACCAUGGAUACCCAUAUCAGGGAAACAAUUGAUGCAUCGAUGAGACUGCGUGAGAUCUACGUGUUGCACCUGUAGUCGUUUGCGUCCAUCGAGACUGCAGCGAGGCGCUUGACGAUGGCCUCAAGCUCAUCUUUGCUGUAUUCUUUCUCACCCAUCGUUUGAUCUCGAGUUCGUUCGAG